AUGGACGCCAUGGCUGGUGAGCUAAACGCCACGCGGAUAACCUUCGGCGGCCACGUGGAGCUGCACCGGUUCAGGUUUCUGUAUUUCGCCGUCAUGCUGGUCGUGUACGUCCUGAUAAUCUGCAGUAACUCCACCAUCUUGAGUCUCAUCUGGCUCCACAAGAGCCUCCACGAGCCCAUGUACGUCUUCAUCGCGGCCUUGCUCUUCAACUCGCUCCUCUUCAGCGCCGCCGUCUACCCGAAGCUCCUGGUGGACUUCCUGUCUGAGGAGCAGACCACGUCUCUGACUCUGUGCAGUCUGCAGAGCUUCACCUACUACACCCUGUGCGGCGCCGAGUUCCUGCUGCUGUCGGCCAUGGCGUACGACAGGUACGUGUCCAUAUGCAGGCCGCUGCAGUACGAGGCCACCAUGAGGAGGAACACGGUGGUCGCCCUGCUGGCUCUCGCCUGGCUCCUGCCCGCCUGCCAGCUCGUGCCGUCGCUUUUCAUCAGCAGCAGCUACAAGCUGUGCCGCUCGACGCUGAGCGGGAUUUUCUGCAACAACGCCAUCUCCCAGCUGUUCUGCAUGGACUCCAGGGCGUCGUACGUCACGUACGGCGUGUUCAUCGUGCUGAACACCAUCGUGUUGCCCAUGGCUUUUAUUCUGUUCACCUACGCAAAAAUCCUGGUCGUUUCCUUAAGAGGCUCUGGCAGAAUGAGGAGGAAGGCGGCGAGGACGUGUUCCCCUCACCUGCUGGUCCUGACCAGCUUCUCCUGCCUGUGUUCGUACGACGUCGUCGUGGCCCGGCUGCAGGUCGACCUGGACAGGACGGUGCGUUUCGUCAUGACCUUGCAGGUGCUGUACCAUCCCCUCUUCAACCCCAUCAUCUAUGGCUGGAAGGUGGAGAAAAUCCACAGACUCCUCAGAACAGUUCUCUAUGGCGACAAACGCAAAGUGAACGUCUGA